UAUAUUGUGUCCAUAUCGUGCUCGCCGUGGCCGUGGUCAUCACAAUCACCAUCAGCACCAGGUUUUAAUUGUCCUUCUCACUUUAGAGCAACACUGUUACCCGUUACCAGUUGUGUUUCUCAACUUAUAAUUAUUAUUCUUCGUCUUAUUUCGUCACACAGUUACUCACAUAAAUUAAAUCCACACAUCCACAUUUAAGUGUAAAAGGGCGUAAUGAUAAUAAUGACAAUUAUGAUGACGAUGGCGAUGUGCUGAUGAUCUGAUCAGCUAAAAUACACACAAGCUCUCUCAUGUUCUCUUACGUCAAGUGUCCAGUGUGUCAAUAGAAUAAUAUUUUUGUUUUCAUCCAACCGCUAUUUAUUCAAAAUGCAUAAGUUGAAAUUCUCACAGAAGGACAAAGUUAAAAAGUUCAUAACUUUUACUCAAACUGGUGAGCAGACUGCUAUUUAUUGUCUCGCUCAAAACGACUGGAAAUUAGACUUGGCGAGUGAUAAUUAUUUUCAAAACCCAGAUGCUUAUUACAAGGAACCCAAGAAUUCGGUUGAUAAAAAAAAAUUGGAAAUUUUGUACACUCGGUAUCAAGAUCCCAAUGAAACGAAUAAAAUAACAGAAGAUGGCAUCAUGAAGUUCUUGGAUGACUUGGGGUUGAGUCCAGAAAGCAAAUUGGUGCUGAUAAUAGCAUGGAAGUUUCGAGCGGAGGCUCAAUGUGAAUUUUCGAAAGAUGAAUUUAUGAAUGGAAUGGUUGAGUUGAGCGUGGACAGUAUAGACAAACUAAAAGCCCGGUUGCAUAGUCUAGAGAAUGAAUUAAAAGAUUCACUGAAAUUCAAAGACUUUUAUCACUUCACUUUUAAUUAUGCGAAAAAUGCAGGGCAGAAAGGGCUCGAUCUCGACAUGGCCAUCGCGUACUGGAAUAUUGUCUUGAAAGAUAAAUUUAAAUUUUUAGAUCUCUGGUGCCAAUUUUUGCAGGAACAUCACAAGAGAUCGAUUCCAAAAGACACGUGGAAUCUUUUACUAGACUUCGCUUCAAUGAUAAACGCCGACAUGAGUAAUUACGACGAAGAAGGAGCCUGGCCGGUGCUCAUUGAUGAUUUUGUAGAAUGGGCACAGCCUCGGGUUCGUCAAUCUCACUAAUAAACCUCCACCUCUAGCUCUAAUACAUUUUUACAAAAAAAAAAAAAUGUUAUCGUAUCAUUUAAUUAUUUAAAUAAUUAUUUAUUCCAUGUUAUUGUUGAAGGGAACUUAAAACUAGUUAUAAAUUAAAUAACAAAAAGGAAUUUACGGUUUAUAUCUUAUCAACAGUUGAUCUAUUUUUAAAAACCACGUGAUAACAAAAUUGGCACGCUAGCUAUCGCCCCCCCCCCUUUUAACACUAUUUUUUAAAAAUAAUUCCAUUUAUUGAAAUUAAAAAUAAUUUCACUGCACUUACGAUCCACGGAGUCGGGCAGCAAAUAAGAAUGAUAUAUUUGUAUUUAGUUGCCAAUUAAAUAUCAGUGUCGCUCAACAAUUUAAAAUAUUUAUAAGCAUUUUUAGUUGCAUUACAAAAAAAUAUAAAUUAAUAAGUAUCAUUUUUUUUUCACUUUGUCUUCUCUCAUUUAAAACUGACCGAUAAAAAAAAUUAAGCUACCAUUUUCUUGCGUGUGUAUAUAGACAUAUUAGUAAUUAUUCUGUUAUAAAUGUAUUUACUUAUAUAUUUAAAUAAUUUUUUAAAAAACACACUUGUAAAAAUACAUAAACAGAAUAUUAUUUAAUAUAUAAUUUUAUCGGUUUAUAUGCUCGAAUUUUUUUAUUUUUAUUUUUUUUUAAAUUCUUAAAUAUUUUCUUCUUUUUUUUUAAUAAAAAGACUUAAUAAGUUUGAAAAAUAAAAUUUGAACGUAAUUAAUACUAAUUAGUUUACGCUAGUUGUAACGUGUAUUAUAUUACUUUAAGGACAAAGAUAACUCAAGAGAAAUUGAUAAAAUAAUUAUUUUAUCUUAUAUAUUCUUUAAUAAAUAUAAUAAUAAGUAUGGACGAAUGUGUGGGUAUUGGAGUUGAUAUUUCUGAGCUUAAGGGCAUUCUCAGUGGCCUCUUUAUUUAAAAAUACCCAAUUACUUUAAACUGUCAAGCGUACCAGAAUUUUAUUAAUUAAUUUGAAAAAUGGAAGCGUUAAUUGAAAAAAGACAAUUUUGCUGAGAUAAAUUUAAAAAAAUUAAAUUGCAAUCACGUUGUCCUUUUUUUAAUUAAUGCUUUAAUUUUUAUUGAAAAUUGAAAAUUGAUGAAAAUUUGUGAAAAGUGGGGGCACUUUUAGAGAAUGGCCUUAAAUUUGAUAAAUAGUUACUAGAAAAAAUAAAAAAGUUAUUAAAACUUGCUUGUAAAUGUUAAAUUAAAUUUUGAGCUAUUAGAUUUCUUUGUAAUCUUAAAAAAAAAUUAUAAAAAAUUGAAUUUAACUUAACGAAUUGUUGGCAGGCUACAACAUGAUAUUUUUUGGACAUCUUAGACUUGUAUUUUGUUAAUAAGUAAAAGGUUGAAUAAAUAUUUACCAGAUAAAUAUUAUUUAAAUAAAGUUUUACGUUUAAGUACUUUAAGAGAGUGACUUUGUAUAUAAUGUAAAUAAGUAUAACGAUAUUGAAGUACAGUAUGAAGUAGUUUUAAAACUUUGCUGUUUCAAAAAUUUAAAAAAAUAAACAAACUAAAACUAAAA